AUGAAACAGUGCCUCAGCCGGCAGCAGUACGGUUUGGGUCUCGUACACAAUCAGACUCGAUCCUGGGGACGGCCCCCUGGUGAACCGCCUGGGUUCUGGGCUGCAGCCCGGACCGCCGCGCCGCCGAGCAGCGGCGACUCCUCCGCCAGCAGAAUUCCCCAGGCAUGGAGCGGGCUGCCAGUCCCGGCGGGGGGAGGGAGUGGUGGUGUGGGGGGAGCUACGUCACCGGGUUCCAUUCAGCGCGCGCGAACUCAGCCCGGCAGCGACAAUCACCCGGAGGAGCUAGGGCUGGUGCGAUUCGGCGGGGCGGGGGAGCCUGAGGAAGGAGGAGAGGAGAGGGGCGGGGGAAGAGCCCUGAGGGGCGCUGCUGAUUGGGUGGAGAGAGCAGGACGUCACCACGUUCCAGCCCGGUCCGCCUGCAGCGCCAGGCUGGCAGCCAAUCAGAGGCGCGCACUUUUCCCGCUGCUUCUCUCUCUGCGGCAGCCGCAGGGCGAGGAGCGGGAGGCGGGGUCGGCGCCGGCGCGCGCGGAGCAGCCUCAGCCUCGGCCGGCGAGCCGCUUCUCCCCCCCUCCCGCCCCCCCCAACCACCCACCCACCCCCUCGGAGCGCCCGCCGCCGCUGCCGCCGCCGAGCCGCCGCCGCUGCCGCUCUCCCUCCAGCUGCCCGCCCGGGAGCCUCGGCUCCCCUCCCUCCCGCGGAGCCGCCGCCUCACAGCGAAGCCGCCCCCUCAGAGGAUGCGACACUGCACAGGUCAUUGAGAGUCCCGCACCCGGGCCCCCAACUCUCGGCCCCCCAGCCCUCGGCGCCCCCUUCGACACCCCCCCCCCCACGCCGGGCCUAACCGACUUCCCCAACCGCCGCGGGCCGGGCAACGGCGGGCGCGCGGGGCGGGCGGAGGGAGGGGGAAGGGACCGGCGGGCGCGCGGGGGGCGAGAGGGGGGGCUCCCGGCGCUGGGGAGGGGGCCAGGGUUGUCUUCUUGGGGCCUGGCAAGGGGCGGGUAG